ACCGGCAGCGGUUAAUUCCUCGAUGUGCGACCUUGACCACGAGUAACAUUUAAUAAUCAGUAAAACGCUAUCUAGAGAUUAUGUAUAUAUGCGUACAAAUAUAAACGAUAUCGGUAACCUCAAAACAUUGAAAAUAAACCACAUUCAGCAAAGAUUUGGCAAACUUUCACCUUUAAUAUUAGUCACAAAAAGAGAAAUAUGCGUAUAUUUAGUUUCGCUAAAGUUGACUUUCGUACUGUGUUUAAUUACUCUAGGAGAUUACUGUCAACAACAAUAUGUAACUUGCAAUAACAGUACUCGUCGCCUUGAAGGCAUUGGAAGGGCCACGAAUCUUGUCAAUUCCGUUAGGGACGCUUUAUUCGAAUGCUGAAAUGAAGAAAGGAAUAGCUUCCUCGAAGGGAUGGUAAACAACUCCAUCCUUCUUUGGCGCGUUGCAAGGUCUCUAAGAAAUGCGAGGAGAAAGCGGCAGUUUUUGUAUACAUCAUGGAAAAACAGUUCUCUCCUAAUUACGACUUGGAUAACGACCUUGAUGAAGAAGGACACAACCAUAGAUUGGUUAGAAGCUAUUUCAGAACGGUGGCACACUUAGCAGCGUAGAACCCCUCCUAGAUAUUCCGCAUUGCACUCCUGCGCAACUUCACGAUCAUAUCAAAGACCUUAAGAAGCACUACAAUGACAACUACAGGCCUAUAGCUCUGCAUUCUGUUAUAAAUAAGGGCAUGGAGAGGUGCAUAAAUCUGGAGUACCUUGAACGUCACACUUGAUUAGCGACAGUAUGGUUUCCGGUACCACAGCGAUCCUCGGGGGACCUCCUAGCUUACGCUACGCAACUGUGGAGUGAACUCAUCCAGUCCUAUGGAACGAAAAGUGAUGGUGAAAGGACAAAACAUAAACGUUGUGAAAGCAGGUGAUGGACCACAUAAGCUCAUUUGUUGUCCGGGAGCAUUGGGCACCAUAUGGACCGAUUUCAAACCACAAAUAGAGGGCCUCGAUAGAAAUAUAUUCACAGUUAUAGUUUGGGAUCCUCCAGGAUAUGGAAAAAGCAGGCCGCCAGAGAGAAUUUUCGAUUUCACUAUGUAUGAGAGUGAUGCUGAUGCAACUCAUGAUUUAAUGCAGGCGCUCGAAUAUGAUAAGUAUUCGGUUCUUGGGUGGAGUGACGGGGGUCAUUCAGGAAUGAUCACAGCUGCCAAAUAUCCAGAUCAUGUUGAAAAACUAGUUGUGUGGGCCACCAAUGCUUUUAUCACAGAACAGGAGAAGGAGGUCUUCCGAAAAAUGAUUGACAUUAGUGCUUGGUCCGAACAGAUGAAAGCACCAUUCAUAGAAGUAUAUACCGAAGAAAUUUUCCAAGAUAUGUGGCGUAAAUGGUGCAAUAACUUAAUAGAAGUGGAGAAAAAUGGUGGAAAUAUAUGCACACAUUUAUUGCCUCAUAUAAAAUGUCCCACUUUCAUUCUACACGGUGAUAAAGAUCCAAUGAUAUUACCAGAACAUGCAUCGCAUUUAGCCUCUAAGAUAAAAAUAUCAAAGGUACUUAGGUUUCCGGAAGGGAAGCACAAUCUUCAUUUGAAAUACUCAGACGAAUUCAAUGGACUAGUUACGGAGUUUCUACUGCAGGAAUAUAAGUAGAUCAGAUCAGAACAUAUUACAUACUAUAAAAUUUCAACUAGGUGUAGUGUAUUCAAAUUCCAUUUACACCAUGUUAAAACAAACAUGAGCAGCCGAUCGCCGCUUUCGUUCGCUUGCGCUAUCACGCCGAGGCAUUUAUGACUCACUGGUCAAUAUGAGCGCGCUAAUUUGAACGUUGGGCGCUGACAUUUGUUUUGACAGGGCGUUAAUGCGAUUUGAAUACAUAUAGUUGUAAUUAUUAUAAAAAUACCCAACCAUAACGUGUUUCUGAAAAUCAAGAGGAGACUGUUAGUCGAUAUAGUAAUACGAAAAUGUAUAAAUUAUGUGAUAUAGUAAUAAAUCUUUUUAAUUUUAUAUAGAUUGUAACUUGAUCAAACAGCAGCCCUUAAAUAUACUUUUGUCAUUCUUUUAAAGGGUAUAAUUAUAAUGUUAGAUAACCUAUUCCUGUUUAGCCUGUUUACCUGACCGUUGACCUAGCCCAAUCGUAGCAACUGCCACACCAAUUUUGUUUUUAAUAUGUAACCAACAGUUUCAAAA